GGACUCAUAGAUUAGGACAGUCCUACUGGGUCAGCCCAUGAGCCUCCUUUAACUCUGGGCCCCAGUGCUCUGUGCCAGGCCAGCCUGGAGCAUGGGCUGGGUGGCGUCACCUCGCUGUGCUCUCAGGUGUGCCUGUGACAGUACCUGGACUCUAGGCUUGCCUGUGGGCCAGGCCACUGAACUCUCCCCCACCUCCGGACUGAGGCAGCCAGAGGCUUCAGCUAUUUCUCCUCCCAAGGGCAGAGGCCUGGCGCUCCUGCUGCCUCCUACCACUCUGGCUACCCUGGUGGACGGCUGGCUCCGAGAGGACUGCCCAAGCUUCAACCACGUUGCCUUGGUCACAGGGGCAGCCCCCUCGCAGGCGGCGCUGUGGGCCAAGUCCCCUGGCGUACUGGCUGGGAGGCCUUUCUUUGAUGCCAUCUUUGCCCAUGUCAACUGCCAGGUCACGUGGUUCCUCCCUGAGGGAUCAAAGCUGGUGCCUGUGACCAAGGUGGCAGAGGUCCGGGGCCCUGCCAACUGCCUGCUGCUGGGCGAGCGGGUGGCCCUGAACAUGCUGGCCCGCUGCAGUGGAGUUGCCAGUGCUGCCGCUGCUGCUGUGGAGGCCGCCAGGGGGACCGGCUGGGCUGGGCAUGUGGCGGGCACGAGGAAGACUACACCAGGCUUCCGGCUGGUGGAGAAGUAUGGGCUCCUAGCGGGCGGGGCCGCCUCCCACCGCUACGACCUGGGAGGGCUGGUGAUGGUGAAGGACAACCACGUCAUGGCGGCCGGAGGUGUGGAAAAGGCGGUGCGAGGGGCCCGGCAGGCGGCCGACUUCACCCUGAAGGUGGAGGUGGAGUGCAGCAGCCUGCAGGAGGCUGUGGAGGCGGCCGAGGCGGGCGCAGACCUCGUCUUGCUGGACAACUUCAGGCCUGAGGAGCUGCACACCACGGCCGCGGCGCUGAAGGCCCAGUUCCCGGGCGUGGGCGUGGAGGCCAGCGGGGGCAUCACGCUGGACAACCUCCCUCAGUUCUGUGGGCCCCACAUCGAUGUCAUCUCUCUGGGGAUGCUCACCCAGGCUGCCCCGGCCCUCGAUUUCUCCCUCAAGCUGUUCGCUGAAGGGGCCACUCCAGUGCCCCACGUCCGCCGGUCCUAAAGCCAAAGAGGAUGACCCUGGUGGUGGGAUAACGUGGUUCCUUGGGACCCUCAAGGCUACACACAGCCAACAGGACACUCUUGGCAUUAGCCUGGGCGAAAGUCCAGGCUCUGCCGCUUACUGCUUGUGUGACCUCGAAGGGCUGACUUCACCUCUGCUCACCUCAGUUUCCUAAUCUGUAAAAUGACCUAAUAAAUGAUCAACCUAAUGGAUUUCUUUGGGUGAUAAUUAACACAUAGUAAGUGCUCAGUAAAUGUUGGAAAUUACCAUAGUUCAUCUAUUCUAAGAUGCAUUUUUUUUAUCACACACUACCUUUUCUGAAGUCCAAGUAUGUCUUUAAUCAAUGGUGUCUAAUGGUUACCGUCAGCUGGGCACUGGUCCUGGUCACGUAGCCAUCGUGGCCUGUGCAUGCAGCUUUUAGAUAAAACAUGAUAACAGUCUAUAAUUAAAUAAGUCCAAAAGAGCUCUUUCGACAAGUAUAAAAUAGGAAUUUUAAGUGAUAAGAAAGCAUCGGUUGUAGUUCAAUUGACAGUUUUCUUUUUGAGUAAUGGUAUGUGUGUGUUACAAUCAAUGGCAUCUUAUAUUUGAGGACAUAUGGCAUCAGGUCUGAUAUUCAGCCGGAACCUUGCACUUGGUUGAUGCCCAUGUUGUACCGGUUAUUAAGUAUUUUGCCUCUCACCUCUGGCUACUGUUACACAUCUUUGGUGGAGGUGAGAACCUGUCCAUUCCUCACUUCUGAGGUCCCCAACAGACUCCACCAUGCAUCCUUCCCAAAAUAAAAGACCUCCACUUGCUGCUGAA